ACACUGCGGCUCACCCCUUCUCUCCGUCUCUCUCUUUCUCUCUCACUCAAAUGGACUCAGCAUCACAACUGCAGCAGCACCACAGCCUCUGCCUCCGCUCCUCUCCGUUUCUUUUUCUUCUUAUGCCCAAACUCAUGGACAGUCACGUGCUCUGAUCCCCCGUCUCCUCCUCCUCCUCCCCCUCCUCUCUCUCUUUCACUCACCGUCUGCGCGGCUGUAUGUUUUAUUGGUGCGUCAGAGCCACACUGAGCCAAAGAGUGAAGCAUGCCCGGGGAGAGCAUCCACAGAUCUGGCCCCACCGACAAGCACCUCGAGCUGGGAGCAGAGGACACAGAGCUCCCUGGACCAGACUUAACUAGACACCCAUCGGCGGACUCUACACCAAGUGACAGUGGAUCCUCCCCGAGUGACACUGGGUCAAGUCCGUCCCCGAGUACUCCUCAAAAGCUCCUCCCAGCAUGCACCUCUCCUUUCGGCCCCAGGUUGGUGAAUGUGAGUCGUAGGUCCUCAGAGACACCGCGGCCACAGCCUGAGGGGUCAGACCGCCGCCCCGCCGCCAGACUCUCUGGGAAGUUGGGAGGCCAUGGACCAUGUGGGCACCAUGUUCCAGUUAAGAUGGAGAGAAUCAAGGUCCUGACUGGUUCAGAAGUGGAGAGCGACUACCAAGAGCCACAUAAGAUGGACACAAUGGACACAAGAGUGGUGAUGGGUCAGGAGUCAUUGCUCAGAAAUACAGAAAAACAGAAAGAGAAACCUCAAACUUCAACACGUCACCAGUCUGUUCCUGUAACUCGUUCACAUGAAACAGAAAGUCGCUCAGAGACAGACAAAACUGAAAGGCAAAGUCACCAAAACUCCAGUGAUGUACAGCCCCCUAUGACUUUCCCCUCCCCCUUCCUCACCCCUCUGCUCCCAGCCUCUUCAUCAUACACUGACACCUCUACCCCAGAUGACACUUUGGGAGAACAGGCUCACUCUCCAGAUGAAGUGCCUUCCCUACAUUUCUCCGAGCUAGUUUGCCCAGUAACUUUAUCUUUCUCUGAACCCAUUUUUGCCGUUGACCCUUUGCGAGUGGGUGUACCCUCAUCUCGAGACCCGGAUUUGUAUUAUACCGCUCCAUCGACCCCUAUCAAAAUGCGUUCUUCUCACCUCAAACAUCACUCCUAUCCGGGGUCUCCUUCCUACCCACUCUCCCCUGGUUCACCUUCGGACAGCGAGGACCUAUGCUCCCCGCUCACUUCUUCAUCUGGGUCUUAUAUGACUGCGGAGGGAGACAGCCGGGCAUCAUCUUACACCUCCUCCACCUCACCCUCCACCUCACCCAAUCCACUCCUCACAGAAGAAACGCAAGAGGCGCCUGCUUGCUUUGUCGGAUCCUUAUCAGAAAUAGGAGACGAAGAUGGCGAGGAUAAGGUUCGCUCUACGCCCGAAAGGGAAAGUAGGGUUGGAGACUUCUUCCAUUCUAGGUCAGAAGAGAGUGCCUACGUUUCAGAUAUUACAGGGACAUCCAUUUUAGAGGAGGAAGAAGGUAAUACUGAGGAAGAGAUCAAGGUUUCAAGAGAAAGUUGUCGUCCAAGUUGGGUGACUGAAGAUAUUUCCCCUCUGAGAAGCAGUAGCAGUCGUAGUAGUGACUCCCAAGAGGAUGGAGCAGAGUCUGAAGUUGAAGUAACCAGGAUGGGGUCAGCGCAGUACUCAAGAUGCCUUGGUUUAAAACUGCAGCUAGAUUCAUAUUCGUCAGAAGAAACAUAUGGGCAGAAAGACUCCGAUUUAGCAUCUUCAGCAAUGACUCCCGAUACCAUAACAUCAAGCAAUCUAAGCCCCGACUCCCCAACUAUCUCACUGGAUGCUUUCGAAAGACUUAACUCUGGCUUGUCAAUGCUUUCCCAGGCGGCUUGCAGCAACAGUAUCCUGGAUGACGACCAAAUGAUUCCUGCAUCCCUUCUUGGAUUCCCCCCGCACACUAAUCUCAUUUUCAGGGCAGAUUCGAUGGAGAUAAUGCUUUUUCCCACCGAGGAAGAAGAUAUCAACGAGAGGAAUGACGCAUAUGGAGCCGGAGAGGAGGAAGCUGAUGUUGACGAAGACGACGAAGACGAUGAGGACUAUGGUAUUGAAAGUAAUGAUUGUCUUGAUGAUGAGCUUAUCGAAGAAGUUAAUCAGGAAGUGAACCAGGAAGUGAACCAGGAAGUGAACCAGGAAGUGAACCAGGAAGUGAACCAGGAAGUAAACGUAGAAGUGGAAGUGGUUGGGGAGGAAGAUCAGGUAAAAGUCAAUGAUGGUGAGUAUGAGGAGGAAGAAGAUGACGAUGACGAGGAUGACGAUUCAGACAGUAAAGGACAUGAUUAUCCAACGGGUGAAGACAGUUCUUUUCUGCAUUCGCUCUCCGAAACAUCAAUCAACGAAGGCUUGGAUGAGUCUUUCUGUUACCAGGACGAUACGGAUGACUCAUUGGAUUCUGCCUCUUUUAAUGGAGAGGAAGAUGAGCGUCUGUAUAGCACUGAGCAACAUGCACAAAUACAAGAACCAACAGAAACUCAACAAGGUGAUCCCAAUCCUGCAACAACUGAUACAGAAGUUGUUGAAACUGCUGCAAGCUCAAGCCAAGAAGCAGGGAGUUUGAACCAGUCUGAUCUCAGUAAAGUUUCAGAAAACGAGGACAAAACGCUAAAUGUAUCCAAAGUGACACAAGCUGAGGAAGAUCUGGUUACUGACACAUCCUUGCAAAUCAACACAAGUCCAGAUGACACAAUAAGUGUUGAAGAUUUGUGCGUUCCAUCUAGCGAACUGGAGACCUCUACUCCCCUAAGUGAAAGUGUAACUAAAGCUGAAAUCGAUAUGUCCACAUUAUCAAAACAGUCUUUCUUAUCAAACACCACCAAUACAUUCACUACAACCAAUGUGACGCAAACGUUUAUGCCUCUUGGUGCUACUUCUGCAAAGUGUACAGAAAUCUUGGACAGAUCACAAAUUUCUGCCUUGACGACUGAGGCAAAGGUUGAAGAAGCUGACUCAAAACCCCAAGCAGUAACUGUACAAUCCAGUAAUAAUAUUUUGGAAGAAAGUACAGAUCAACCAGAAAGAGAUUCUUAUAAGUUGCUGAUAAAACCUCGUCAGUUUCAGAAAGAGAAGGCUGUGGAAGCAGGGAGGCUGUCAUUGUCAAAAUCGUUCGCUAAUCAGAAGUAUGUCAACACUUUGGAAGACUCUUUAACCUCAACUGCAACCAAUGAUUUAAACAAAGGAGCGUUACUUCUAUCCAACCCAAAAGAUACUAGUACUAAUCCAAGUAACAUCCCAGUUGCUAUCACUCCAGAGGUCGUGACCCCAUCUGUAACCCCUGAACAUAGGUCAAAGGAUUCUACUCAAGAGAAUCUAAGGGAGAAUACUUUAUUGAUGACCGACGAAGGGGUACUUGGUGCUGUUGGGUGCUCGUCGCCAUUGGCAAUCUCACCUAAGAGAGAAAACUCCGAAACAGAUAUUAGUCAUCGAGCUGGGACGUGGUGCGAUGAGAAAAUUAGCUUACAACUUGGUUCAGGGGAAGGGUAUAAUAUCUGGUCAACUGGGCACUCUCUUGGGAUGAGCUUGUGUGGUAACGGCAAACAACUCUGUGGGGAUGUAAGCAACAAUACAGGGCAAAGAAACUACAAUGUGUUUGAUUCUGUUUUGGAUGAGAAGGAAAAUACUGGACAUGUUCAAAAAAGGGACAAAAUCACAGAUGAGGGAUCGCCAAGUCAGUUCAGAAUAUCGGAUCUAGAUGAUGAAACAGGCGGUGGCCUUCAAACAAAAGAAGAGACGAGAAAUGUAAACACUGAAAAUACAUUUACUUGGACGGAUUGUCAAAAUAAUAAUGAAUUUGAACCACUGCAGAUAUCUAUGUGUAGAGGUCUGAAUGCUUUGUCAGAAGAGGUCAGAACGCAAAGUGUCGGUUUAAGAGAGUCCGUUUCCAAUAUUCCCCUUGAGGAAAACCAACAGACAAGUCCGGAAAAGAAAGUAGCAACUGAAAGUCAAACUGUACACUUACAGGCAAAGUCAACAUGUCAAAAUAUCCCACACCAUGAGUCAAAUACAGCGAUGUCCUGGCUUCAAGGAUCCUUCGGUUCAUUUAGCCCAAAAUGUAAAUCUGUUGAAUGUAAAUCAAGCCAACAAAAUCAAAUGGAUAAUAAUAAUGAAUCUCAGGGAAGAACUGAGAAGGACCUCUGUACGGAAGCCUACAGUGGACACAACGCAAAUGAGAAAGUUGUACAACACGAAAAACCAAAGCCCUGCGAUGGACAACAGUUUAAAGAAAAUGAUGAGAAUGAAAGAGAAGGAACUGUAGAAACUGAUGUAGAAACAAACACGUUAUUAAAUAGUCAUAAAAAAGCAGGUAAAAACAGGAGGAGGGGAAAGCAGAAGACCAAGAUGUCUCAGAAGGAUAACGGGGCUGACCCAAGUCCUGAGGUGAACCAAGACUCAAACAAUUUGACAGAAACUUCGGACAAUAAUAAUCGAAACCAUCAAAGUACAACAGAGAAAGAUAACUGUACGAAGCUCUCUAAUCAAAAAGAGGAGCAACUUGACAAUCAGCCGCUAUUCCCUAAUCCGAGGUGUAACACGGUUGACUUCAAUGACAACAAUAUAAAUACUAGCCAUUGUUCAUCAAGUUUAACCUCCACAUUGUCAAGAUCAGCAAAACCAGAAGACAAUCUCCCCACACCAGUCCAGGAAUCCCAACCUUUCAUUUGUCACCUUCAAAAUGUCUCCUUGACGUCACCCUCGAUAUCACCACUAAACCUCUCACAACCAACACAGGAGUCGUCAGUGAAUUCAAAUCUCCAAGGCGACGCCCUGUUCACCUCCCACACCUCUGCUAUGGCAACGAAGGUAGAACCUCAUAAACAAAUCAAGCAAGAACACGCCAGAUUCAUCGAUUCUGGUCUCGCUGAGGAGGACACAGACAGUGAGGAUGACAGCAGAUUGCCUCGACAUAGACCACAACCCAAAGGAAUUGUGGGAAAUAAACUUGACCAUAAAGACUCCAUGCAACAAGCAAUCCAGCCAUACACUUCAGUGAUGGACCGGCACGGAGGAUGUCCUGUCAAUCAUAGCUACAGAAACUCAGACCCUUGUGACCUGGCUCUGAAAAGUAACUGUUUGACUUCCUGUAACGAGUCUGAGAGCGAGGAGUCAGUUCCAGAGCUGGAGGACGCAGAGCCGCUGAGGCCAGAUCAUCAUUCUUUCUCAUCCGUGAGCGAGGGGCUGAGUCGACCCAAACAAAGCCGCAGUGAGAAGAAGGCUCGUAAGGCCAUGUCUAAACUAGGUCUAAAGCCAGUCCAUGGUGUGACAAGAAUUACCAUCAGGAAGUCCAAAAGCAUUCUGUUUGUCAUCAGUCGACCAGAUGUUUUCAAAAGUCCUGCGUCUGACAUCUAUAUAGUGUUUGGAGAAGCAAAGAUUGAGGACCUGUCUCAACAAGCCCACAAAGCUGCUGCAGAGAAGUUCAGAGUUCCUGUAACGUCCACUCCACUGGCCCCGCCCAUCCCGCCCAGGCUCAGCAUAAAAGAGGAGAGUGAUGAUGAAGAGGAAGAAGAGGUGGACGAGGGCGGCCUGGAACAAAGGGACAUUGAGCUGGUCAUGGCUCAGGCCAAUGUGUCUCGGUCCAAAGCCGUCCGCGCGCUCAAACACAACAAGAACGACAUCGUGAAUGCCAUCAUGGAGCUAACCAUGUGAGAGCUCUUCCAGCCAAAAGCCUAAGACAUCUCUUCUGUUUGGUAUUGCUGCUAUUAUGUGUUGCACCCUCAGUAUCUGCUUAAAUAAAAUCUGUUUUGUUGUGGAUAACUUUUUAUUUUUAACAUUUGUAAACUAUCAAUUCUAAUGUUAGUAGUAGAUACAUUCUAUGACAUAUACUGAGAUACUACAUCAUAUAUUUAGCUUUGAAAAUCUAUGUAGCACAUUUUAAUGGUGCACUAUGCAACUUUUCUGGUGUUUUCAAGGUAUUUCUUAGCAAUUAAAACACUAAUUGAAUAAAUACAUGAUAGAUACAAAUGCUAAACUGUGGGACAUUUCAUGCAAAGUGCAGAAGUCCCUCCACUAGAAACCAGAAAAGUUACAUA